GACAGACAACUAGUGGACUUGAGACCAGGUUUGCGCAAGAUUGCUACAAGAUUGUUAUAUGGGUUGCUUAAGAAUUGCUGCAGACUGUUUCUACAGAUUUCCAAUAUGCAGUUUUCGGAAAUCUACCGCUUCCUCUUCGAAGAAAUUUCAGAUCCGAGAGUAACUAAUUGGCCUUUGAUGUCCAGUCCAUUUCCGAUAGCAAUAAUUUUAGCUGGAUAUUUGUCAUUUGUUCUUCUAAUCGGGCCAUUGUACAUGAAGAAAAGACGGCCUUAUACUUUACACAAAGUUAUGAUUUACUACAAUAUUUUUAUUGCGUUUUCUAGUCUUUUAGUGUUUCUCGGGCUUCUAACAUCAGGUUUUACAACAAAACUUUCCUGGGGUUGUGAACCAGUUGAUUAUUCUUAUGACCCAGAGUCAAUAAGUAUGGCGAGAUGGGUUUGGUGGCUGAUGAUUUUGAAAAUAUGUGAGCUAGGCGAUACAGUCAUUUUCACACUGCGAAAGAAAUUUAAUCAAUCAUCUUUUCUACACAUUUAUCAUCAUGCUACAACCGUUUGUCUUGCAUGGAUUGCUUGCAAAUACGCUCCAGGUGGCAUGUGGACUUUUAUUAUGAUGCCAAAUUGCAUCAUUCAUGUCAUUAUGUAUACAUAUUAUCUUCUUGCAAGCUUAGGACCAAAUUUACAAAAAAGACUCGCUCCUUGGAAGCCGUGGUUAACAAUCUUGCAAAUGACGCAGUUUUUGAUCAUGGCUAUCCACACUUCCCAAGCAUUAGCACCAGCCUGUGAGCCAACUCGGAAGCCACUUGCUUAUAUAUAUAUGUCACAAGUUAUUAUAAUAUUUUAUCUAUUUUUUAAUUUUUAUAAAAAAACUUAUGUAACAAAAAAGUGUCAACAAUAAAAUUUUCCGGAUUCAUGGGUCAAGUAUCACGAUAAUGACCAAAAAUGAUUAUUGAAACAACUACAGUAAAUUUUGUAUUUUUUUCACAAAUAAAUUGAACA